AUGGAUUUUCACGAAUUAAUCAUACGCUAUGCAUUAAGAUACAAUUACGUUAAAGUUGCUCGAUUAUUGAUCUCAUCACUUAGCAAUGAAAUGCAUCUUGAAUUUGCAUUUUUCAUCAUGAAACAUAUUAUUAGCCAUCGAAAAUAUGCCAAUUAUUCAAUUGUUCGAGAAUUAGUAAAACAAUUGACAACAUUUAAGCUUCCAUCAAUAAAUCAAGAAUGUAAUGCAUGUAGAAUUGAACGAGCAGUUGCUUAUAUUAUUCUUAUGAAUGAUCUCAUUGCCACAAAGGGUAAUUCACGAAGAAGGGCGAGUUUUAUUUCUACAAUUAAAGACUUUUUACCUAAUACUGGAAAAUUUGAGGAACUUGAUGCUGAAAUUAAGAAAAGUCGUGUAGGUCUUCUUGCAGUCACAAUGAAAGAACAUCGAAUCAAGUGGUUACAAGGUGAAUUUAAUAGGCGAGCCGAAAAAAUAUCUGCACAAAUUGAUAAACAUUUGGAUAUUUUACGAACAGACUUACUACCACCACUGGAAGAAUUUGCAUUAGAAAGAUGGGCACAAAGUGAUAUACCUGAACGGGUUGCUCUAGCAGAUAUUAUUUUAUCAAAUGGUCUUAACGAAGAAAGCCUAUUGCAAUACUUCAAAGUUAUUCAAGAUACGCCAAGUCUUAGCAUUGAUUUCUUUCAUGCAUCUUCAAAUGAUCUAUUUAUGGAACGACAGGAAAAUUUGAAUUAUGUGAUUAUUGAUUGA